AUGGCCGCGGCCGUUGCCGCGCGACGUAAACACGGGACGCCGGACGUGGUGACGUCACCGCCGGGGAACGCCGUAACCGGGGCGACCCGCGCAGUGUUUACCGGGACGGGACGGGGACACGGCGAGAGGGGCGGGGAAACCCCCGGGAGCCCCGCGGGACCCCCGGGAACGGACCGGGACCCCCGGGACACCGGGAACCGGGCUGGAACCCCCGAGAGCCCGGCGGGACCCCCGGGAACGGACCGGGACCCCCGGGAACCGGGCUGGAACCCCGAGAACCCGGCGGGACCCCCGGGAACGGGGCCGGGACCCCCGAGAACACGGGAAGGGGACCGGGAACCCCAGGAACGGACCAGGAUCCCCGGGAACGGGGCCGGGACCCCCGGGACACCGGCAACUGGGCUGGAACCCCCGAGAGCCCGGCAGGACCCCCGGGAACGGGGCCGGGACCCCCAAGAACACGGGAACGGGACUGGGACCCCCGAGAGCCCGGUGGGACCCCGGGAAUGGGGCUGGGAACAUCCUGAGAACGGACCGGGACCCCCGGGAACGGGGCCGGGACCCCCGAGAACACGGGAAGGGGACCGGGACACCCUGAGAACGGACCGGGAUCCCCGGGACACCGGGAACCGGGCUGGAACCCCCGAGAGCCCGGCGGGACCCCCGGGAACGGGGCCGGGACCCCCGAGAACACGGGAAGGGGACCGGGACACCCUGAGAACGGACUGGGACCCCCGAGAAUGGACCGGACCCCCGGGAACGGGGCAGGGACCCCCGAGAACCCGGCGGGACCCGGGACACCGGGAAUGGGGCUGGAACACCCUGAGAACGGACCGGGACCCCCGGGAACGGGCAGGGACCCCCGAGAACGGACUAGGACCCCCAGGAUACCGGGAGCCGGGGCAGGGAUCCCCGAGAGCCCGGCCGGGACCUCCGGGACCCCGGGAACGGGACCGGGAGCCCCCGAGAACCGACCGGGACCCCCGGGACCCCCGGGACACCGGGAACGGGACUCAGGGGCACCGCAGGGACCGGGACACCGGGACACCGGGACCCCCGGGCAGCCCGGACGGGACUCCCGGGACACGCCGGGACUGCCGCCACCGGGGACACCGGCGGGGGGGCGGGGCCCGCGCGAAUGAAUGA